AUGGUCUCACCCCACGGAGGAGCUGGAGGCUCCCAUUUUGCAACCGCAGCCAGAAUUUUAUUUGACUCUGCAAAGAAGGUGGGUGCGGUGGAGCCACUAGGCGAGACAAGUAAGCGUUAUGCACAGCAGUUAAAAAGGAUUCAGUCUCAAAGCCAAAAAAGGGGUGGAUCAUUGGGAAGUGUAUCAUAUAAAGUUGCGGAAUUUUUGGCCACUCAGCGAACUCCGAAACCGAAUAUCAUCAGGAACUCUACUAGCAUCGCAAAGCGAGUUCCGUUAAUUGACAUCCCACGCCAGCCUCCAAAAAAAAAGGACGUCUCAAUCGCGGUAAAGCCACAUAGUGAGAAGGUGCCCCAAUUGGACUUUGUUACCAAUGAAGAGAAAACUCCAGGUGUACAACCAGCUAGGCCCAAAGAGACGGUGGCACAUACAAAAACCUCCCACUCAGAGUCUUUAAUUAGUAACCGUGUGGUGCCCACCUUGGAUUUUGUUACGGAGCUCAGGAAGACGAAGGUCUCAUCGCCUGAUGCAAGUACGAUGCCAUUAGUUGCAAUGAAGAUGGAGGCGGCAGAUACAGAGAAGCAAGAAGAAAUUAGGGAUGUAGCGACCAUCGUCAAACCACCAAAGGCCACGAUUGUUGAGGAGAAACCCCUUUUUGAAACCACUGUUGUCUCCGCACAGAAACCGUCAUUUUUGGCUGAGCAUGAUUUGGCCACAGUUUUUGAAAAGGUUGUGCAUGUCCCGGAGAAAAUUGUCAAGCCAAAAAUCACGGUGCCAAUUUCUGCAAAGGAACCAAGCGCAAAGGUUCCGCAUGUUGAACCUGUAAAAAGUGGAGCCAUGUCAGUUGACGCAUGGGAACUUCAACGCGAGCGGGAAAUAGAGCAAUUGCGAAAGUCUCAAGAAACCGCAGAAAAAGAACGACUUGCCAUGAAACGAGAGGAGGAACACAAAACGCUGGGAGAUGAAUGGGUUCAGCAUAGAACGACAGUAGCAAAGAAAACAGUGGGACAGACCGAUUUAACGACAUGCAUGAUUGAAAAAAUGUAUUUUUCCAAUCAGUGGGAAGCAUGUUUUAAAUCUUUUGGGCAACUGGUUUCCAUUUCAGGCGCGUCCAGCUCUGCGCUCAAACAAGCUGUUCGCAUCAUGGAAAGUCGACUCAGAUAUAUCCCACUAGAGCAGAGGGAGAUAGUGAGAUCAGCUCUCUUGAAGGAGUUGAAGCAAAGAAGACUGCAUGAUGAGGUUGUCAAGUUUGAGCUACGCCACUGCGUUGGGGAGGCAUUCCUUCAGCUUUAUCACUCUGCUCCAAGCAGCGUGAAGGACACCUUGGAUUUUUACACGGUGGCAAAGGCUAUUUCAUUGCUAGUUAGCGCUGGAUCGUGGCAAGAGGCUGUUGAACUUGUUGGCAACUCGCAGAAGCGUUUCAAUGAUAAAACAGGCCUUCAUGAGUUAAGGCUUUUGUUUUCUACUUCCUUCCUGGAUAAAGAUGCAGCAAAGAGUGUGAAGGAAUUUGUAUCUGGAACACUUACCGCUUUUGAACGAUUUGGGAAGGUGCACAAGCUGCAGCUGGCGAAAAUGGAAAAGGGUGCCCACAGACGACAAAUGAUCUUACAGCUCAUCACCUCAAAUCAUGUGGAUGAAGCGAUCUAUGCCGAGUUGCUUCGAAUCACCCCGACUGAGAAUAUAAAAGAUGUGCUGGAUGAAAUUCGCAAGCGGGGACUUAAUCCAGAGGAUCCAGCGAUUCUUGCCGCUGUCUGUUGGAAGACGUUUGACCCGGAGAACCCGCAGGUUUUGUUCCGAGAAAUUGAAAAGCAAGAGAAGAAGACUGGAAUUCGACCAGCACACCUGUUAGCCGCUGUCGCCAUGGCAAGAGCUUCCAAAACGAGAGAGACGUUGCGAUCAACAGUUUCCAUCGUAAAGAAGGCACCUAUUUUCAAAGCCAGAUUUACACUUCGAAAACUGCUUCCUUUGUUGCAUGAAAAUAAUAUGCAGAAGGAAAUUGUAGAAUUAGCAGACUUCUAUAAGGAUCACGUGCCUGUAGCAACAGCGCUUCCCCAGGCUGUUGCUUUUGUAAACGAUGCCCUUCAGGCGGAGGGACGACCCCCUCUCUCAGAACAAACAGUUAGCAAAUUGCAGCUGGGUGACAAAACAUCGGGGUUGGGCGUUGGAUCUACAAAAGCAACAGCACCCACAGAAGCAACAGGCGCUCUAACGGCGGGAAGUGAGAUCUCGUCUGAGGCUAUGCUUCAAUGCGCCAAGGAUCGAAAUUGGAUGAAGGCACUCAUGUUGAUAAAUUCCAGCUUUCCAGCAUUGGCAAAAACAGCUGAUGCCGAUACGCUAACUCUGUUUUACAACUGUGCCCUUAGUGCCUCGGUAGAGAAGGUAGAGGUGGUCCAGUCCAUCUACAGUUCCAUGAAACAGAGAGGCGUACAAGUCAAUGCAACAACGAACAAUGCGGUGCUGAGUAGCCUGAUGAGGUGUGGGCGAUCGCAAGAGGCCAUUGAGUUCUAUAGUCAAACGGAAAUAUCCGCGCGAGACUCCAAUACACACUCCGUAAUGCUUUCCCUCUACGGCAAAAUUGGUAUGUGGGAAGAGGCGUUGGAACUCAUCAAGGGUGCGAGGGGAGGGUCCAAAAAGUUAUCACCUAUGACCUAUACGUUGGGCAUUAACGCUGUGCAUAGUCAUAGUUGGAGCGCAACUUUAGCUCUUUUCCAAACAUUGCGGAAAGAGCAUGGUGACGUUGCCAUUAAGCAGGCGGUAGUGGACAAGGUGGUGCGUUGCCUCUCACAGAACAAACGCACUGUAGAAAUACAGAAGUUGGAAUUGGAGUUGGCUAAAAAGAAGAAAAAGCAAUGA